UCGAUUUUAUCAAGCUUAUGCGAGAGCAGUAAAUUUGGUCAGCUUGUACUCAUUUUAAUUGUAAAUAAACAUGGAAGAACUCUGCAGAGUUUGCCUGAGUAGCAGUGAACCGCUUGAGGAGAUAUUUUCCAAAUGCCAGCUGCCAAGGGAGGAACCCAGCCUGGCCGAAAUGCUAACCGAAUUCAAGCGCAAAUGUGAGAGGAGCCAUCAGCUGCUUUGGGAACGGUUCAACAAAGAUACUUGUGUUAAAAUAGAAACUAACGUAUUUUUUGGGUGUGACACAGAAUUGAAGGGCCCAAAGAUGGAGCAGCAGCUAUGCCGAACAAAUAUAGUGCAAGAAGGCACAGAUGCUAGUCAAGGCAACUAUCCUGUGCGCAACCUGACCGAAGAACCUCCCGUCCCACACAGUUGCUUGGUUGCCCCAGCCGAAUUAAGGGAUCAAGUCACGGACCACAUGCAAAACACGGAUAAAAGUACGUACGAGUGCACGCAAUGCUGGAAGAUCUUUGAUGAAAAAGGCAGCCUUAAUAGGCAUAUGCGUACUCAUAGGAACGAGUGCCCUCACUGCCUGCAAGUCUUUAGCACUCGUUCAAAUCUACGCAGGCAUAUUCGCAUUCAUACAGGCGAACGUCCUUACAAGUGUUCCUAUUGCCCGAUGGCCUUCACAGAUCAUUCAGACGCUCAGAAGCAUAUCCGCAGUCAUACGGGCGAACGUCCCUUCAAGUGUCCGCACUGCCCGAUGGACUUUAUGCAGAAGCCCCAUCUCAAUAACCACAUCAAGCGUCACGCUUCCAAAGACUAUCAUAGCUGUCAACACUGCUCAAUGAUUUUCAAAACUGUUCUCAAAAAUCACGUAUGCAAAGAGACGCUUAUUGGCUAAGAUAAAUCUAUGUAGAGCAUAGUAUCAUUAUCUCAUUAUAUGUAUAUAGACUUAACCGAUAUAUAUAUAACCCAAUUUAUAGAUUAAAUCUACUGACUGGGCGUUAGUUUGAUUCAAGUUGUAUAAAUCACGCAGAUGGUCGGAAAAGGGGUGGAUGAUUGUUAGGAAGUCUUAAAUUUAUGUUUAUAAGUAAAAAGAAAACGUGCAAAAUAUUUUUAAUGAUAUACUACUCGAAUGUUAGUUCAAUAAUCAAUUAUAGAGUUAAUAUUUAUAACUUAUUCAAGAAUUGAAUGAAAUAUAUAUCAUAGAAGAAUUAAAAGGCCUUUAAGAAAAUGGUAU